GUGGGGUGGCAAGGGCCUGGGGCGGGGUCAGGUUUGCUGCUUCUCCUCCUCUGCAGUCAUAGUUCUGAGAUGGUUAUGUCAGCAUAUCUAAGUUGGAACUGCUUCUUUUGGACACAGAUAAUUUGGAAUUUGAUUUGUAUAUUUCGUUACUUUAGGGUUAUCAGUGAAUUAGAUCUUCAGCUCUCAUUGAAGCUCUGAUUAUGAUCUUAAUUCAUUUACCUACCUUCUGACUUAGUAGGCUUGAUCAGACCUAUCAUUAUAAUCACCCAGCUUACAUCGCCAGUCUCAUCUCACAAAACUCCUCCAUGGCAUUUUGUGCACCAGCCACACCUGACUGUUUUAUAACCCUCCUGCCAUGGCUCUUGACUUUUUCACAUGCUGUAUUCUCCAUAUCUCUUUUCUACUUGAUGAACUCCUAGUCAAUAUUCAGAAUCUAGCCAAGAUGUUCCCUCCUCCAAUAAACCUUCCCCCAUUAAUCCCAUCAAAGAGAGGGCUUUACUUUGGUGCCUUUUGAAAACUACUGCUGUUGUAUUUAAGACAUCUGUUGUUUAUUUGGAAAUUUUGUGCCAGGCACUGGUAGGCACUAACUAGGUCUUGAGGAGUUACCAGUCCUCUGGAAGCUCACACAGAAACCAGAUUUGUGCUGAUCCCCUCAAAGAAGCAUCUGCAGACUACCUAAUUCUGGGUCAGAGAAGAUUUAGAUUGGCUUGUCUGUGUCCCUGGCAUGACUCAAUCUGCUAGAUGUCACCAUGUCCUACUCAUUUCUGCAGGUUAGUGCUGGGUUAGGACUGGGCACCAGGUGACUGAGGAAAAGUUUGUUGAGUUGAUUUGGACUGAGCUAGUACUUUGAUAAGAUUGUGUUUUAAUAUAAUUUGCAGGAUGUGCAGCCUGAAACAGUACUUUGGCUCAGUAUGUGCUACCAUCUUCUCUCAAAUUUAGGAGACUUCCCUGAACUUGUUUUUUUUUUGUUCAUUGACUGUAUUGUUUUCAAAGGCAUCUCCAACUGCUGCAGGACAGAAUGCUCAUCUAACUGCCUAUUCCUCUGCCACUUCUAUAGGCUCUCAGGAGCUGUCUUCGACUGAGGCUUCUUGUGGGAGUGUGUCAAGGAGGUCAGGCCCCAUGGGAGAAGUAGGCAGUUUAUAAAAUGACCGCUGUUUGCUAAGUACAUUUGUGUCCUCAACGCAGAAAGCUCAAUAGUCCCACUGAAGAGAUAGUGGCAGCUGUCAUCAUUUAGUGCAGUGAGACCCAAUUCCAUAAGAACACUCCACUCUCAGCCCUGGGUAUGGCUCCUUUCCCUGCCACACAGCUCUGUACUGCUUUUCUCAUGGUAGGCUUUUAGAUGCCUGUAGCAACCACAGUCUUUUUUCCUGAGUUUUCUUCCAUCCGAAACUCUGAGUCUUUAACUGCUUUGUAUUCUAUGUUGUAGCUGUUAAGCUGCUUAGCUCAGAAGAUGUGUUUGUUUGCUGGUUGCAUUUUGCUGAAGUCCCCUUUGAUCUUGACAGAUCCUAGCCUUAAAAUCUCCUUUCUGGUGGGAAAUCCAUCACCCUCUCUGUACCCUAUUUGCUGAUUUUUCCAGCUUUAUGUGUCUGCCUCCUAAUACUACCUUCUUUCCUUACAGACACGAUAUUCUACCUCUUGUGCUUAGACUGGCCAUUCCUUUUCCUUAACUUUUGUGUGCUGUAUGUACCUUUCCUCACUGCCUGGCCCACUCGUAGGCACUGCCUCUCCAUCUAUAGCUUUGAGCUUGCUCUGCUCAGAAGCCUCAAACUUUGUAACUUUCAUGCAGUACAUCAUGCUGUCUAAGAAACUCUGUUCUCUAAGCCAGCUUCUCCAGUGCCUUCGGCUCCUUCUCAUCUAGCUGGCAGUAACUGGUUCAGUAUGAUUUUCUAGGAAAGUAUUGAUGCUGCUCAAGCACCUUCCACUGGCUUCUUUCUGUGUCCAGGCAAAAGCUGAAAGGAUACAUUUAGGGCCCAAGAAUAUCUUGACCUCUUAAACAAGGCCAGACUCUAAACACAUGAAAUGCAUCUUCCACUGGCAGAAUCCCAUUUUUCUUGGCUCUGUGUCCUGGCUGGCCCUUCUGUGACUUUGCAGCCUGUUCUUCAAGUCCCUGUAGCUCUCUUGGGUUAGCCAUGCUCCAGCCAGCUGCACCUGGACUACUCAGGUCCUGGGCAUGGAGCACAGAUGAUGGAGCGCUUUCCUGCCCUCGAGGAGCUCACAGUCUAGUAUGUCUCCUCCCUACUAGACUGAGGCUCCUUGAGGACAGGGAUCGUCAUACUCACCUCCCGCCAGGAGCACAGUGCACAUGUGCUUCUACUGUAGCCAUGGCUAUCUUGUACUCAGUGACUGCAGUGGAGUUGGACUUCACCUUUGGAACAUUUGUAGUAUGGCCAACAUAAGACAUUUUACUGUGUACUUUAUAACACAAUUCCUUGUUGGGUUUUCCAUGAACAACAUGCACAAUAAUUAAAUGAGUUCUGUUAUUGAGGUUUGCUUCGUUUAUAUUACAUCCAAUUCUUUACUAAAGAAGCAAGUAGCACUUUGCCACACCAAGAAAUCAAACAUGAUUCCCAACUUUGUCCCCUCAACUACUUUUAAGGAACCCUUUGAGCAGAUCAUCACUGUAGCAUCCACAGCUGAACUGUGGCUUCCCUGGGACUGAGAGCUGAGAAAGUCACCAUCAGAUGCUUGCUACUUAGCAAAGAGUCUUGGCCACACUUUCUUGAAUGGGUUCCUAAGGUUCAAAGAAAUGGUCUCUUUGUGUCCUUUUAUGUGCUCACAAGGGUUAACUCAUGCAGAUGCAGAAUGAGAUUAGUUCUUGGCAUUUCUAUUAGGGAUGAACUCUUCCUAAAUGGCAGUAUAUUAAUAUGGUCAGUAAAAAGCUCUCAUAUGUCCCCAGCACUUUGUUACUUUUUUGUGACUGGCAGAUAUAAUAUGCAUUAAACAUUUGUAUUGGAAAAUCCUUCCUGUGCCAAGGAACCAUAAUAAAGAGCUUUUGGAGGUUCUGCUCAAUAUGAACAUUUCCUAGCAAUGACGUCUUGGAAUGAAGCGUCUGUGCACAUAAUAAAGAGCAUCUGUGAGUGUGCUUGGCUCAUACUCAGUUCCUCGAGUCCUUUGUAGAUAAUGAGGGCAAUAGUCAAGCAGAACUACCAGGCUAGCUUUGCACCAUAGCUUCUAUGCACCCUUUGGGUUUUAUUAAUAGAAUAAACAUACCAACAACACUGAGUUGAAUGCAGGAUGAUCAGUUUGGUGCAUCUUCACAAAGUGGACAUAACUGGGAACCAGUGUCAACAAGAUUUUCAGUCUAGAGCUCUACCAAAGUUGCUGUUCUAGCAGUGGCUCCUUCUGCCUUCUUUGACCUUCAUGUUAGGGUUAUCAUUGGGUGGUGGCCCCUUUUACUUAGUUAGGUGGUAUCCUGGUAGCUGUGUCUCCUACCCCAUGCCAAUGUCACUGAUGGAGAGAGUCCUGUUUUUGAAUGAAUUGUUAUUUUGAUAAUCACCAUUGUUAAUUUGAUAAUCCCAUUAGUGGUGGGAAUUAAGGUACUUUUCAGUUUGUGGUUAGAAAACUAGUAGUUCAUUAACACAGCAGCAUCUGAACAGGAGGCUUGCUGCCAAUUAUGUAUGUGCACAAGCUUGGGGCUGUAUUUGUGGUCCACACAGGUUGACGCUGACACUUUUUCAAAGUGAGCAAAACUUGAGUUGUAAUGCCAGUAGUCGUUUUUAGGUUUUGUUCAUUUUAACCUUUGGAUACUGUCAUGUGUUUCUAAGCAUUCUUUGUUCACACUAAGAGGAUGUAAGUGGUAAGACCAGGAUCUCUUGUGUUGUAAAGAGCAUGUACCCACCGAGUAGUGAGGCAUGUGUUUUGAGCUGCUGUCACUGAGCCCUUCAGAAAGAGCAUAUGUUUGAUAUCAAGAGUCUGACCUCAGUAAUGAGCUUCACAGUAACAACAUCAAAAAGUGACAGUUAUUGAGCUCUUUGUGUUACCCUAGCAUUGUGCCACAGGACAUUGUUAAUGUCAGCAUUGUCUCAGAUGGUUUCUAAAACAGAAGAUUAAAACGGUAGUGAAGUACUUGACCUGACAUAAGCUGCGACUCAGGAGGCCAUCAGAGGCCAUCGGUGUAAGUUGUCCUACUACCUAGAUAUUAUGUGGCUAGCAGGUACUAAGAUGCUGUUCUUUUGGAUCAAAGAACACUUGAGUGGUAUUAAAUUGAAGGAAAGCAGGUGUUGUGGCUCCUGCUCUCUUGCACAAUGAGUAUCAGAAGGUAUGACAGCAUUGCCCACUUUCAGGGUGUUUGCUGUAAGCUGUUUGUUUUCUUGGCAGUCUCCCCCCCCCCCCAUUUUUUAUUGGUUAUUUUACUUAUUUACAUUUCAAAUGUUAUCCCCCUUCCCAGUUUCCCCUCCAAAAACCUCCUCCCCCUCCACCCCUGCCUCUAUGAGCGUGCUCCCACACCCGCCUGACCCACUCCUGCCUCAGCAUCCUAGCAUUCCCCUAUCCUGAGUCAUCAAGCCUCCACAGGACCAAGGGGCUCCCCUUCCAGUGAUGCCAGAUAAGGCCAUCCUCUGCUACAUAUCCAGCUGGAGCCAUGGGUCCCCGCCAUGUGUACUCUUUGGUCAGUAGUUUAGUCCUUGGGAGCUUUGGGGGGUCUGGUUGGUUGAUACUGUUGUUCUUCCUAUGGGGUUGCAACCCCUUCAGCUCCUUCAGUCCUUGCCCUAACUUCUCCAUUGGGGUCCCUGCGCUCAGCCCAGUGUUUGGCUGUGUACAUCCACAUCAGUAUGGUCAGGCUCUGGCAGAGUCCCUCAAGGAAUAGCUAUACCAGGCUUCUGUCAGCAAGCACUUCUUGGCAUCAUCAUUAGUGUCUGGGUUUGGUGUCUGCAGAUGGGAUGGAUCCCUAGGUGGGGCAGUCUCUAAAUGGCAUUUCCUUCAGUCUCUGCUCAACUCUUUGUCCCUGUAUUGCCUUUUGACAGGAGGAAUUCUGGAUCAAUAUUUUUAAGGUGGGUGGGUGGCCCCAUCCUUCGGUUGAGGGUCAUGCCUAUCCACUGGAUAUGGUCUCUACAGGUUCUAUCUCCCCUUUGUUGGGUAUUUCAGCUAAUGUCCUCCAUAUUGGGUCUUGGAAUCCUCUUGCGUCACUACCUCCAGAUCCCCCUUCCCCACUGCUACACACCUCCUUUCAAGUUCCUGACACUCUAUACUUUUCUCCCAUCUCCUUCCGUAUCUGAACUGGCUCCCCUUUUUUCCUUCUCCUUCUUCUCUCCCUCUACUUUCAGAGAUAAUUGUCUUCCCCCUACUGAAUAGGAUUGUAGCAUCCACAUUUUGGUAUGGUAUUUCUUCUUAGGUUUCAUAUGGUCUGAGAGUUGUGUCUAGGGUAUUCCAAGCUUCUUUUUGGCUAAUAUCCACUUAUCAGUGAAUGCAUACCAUGUGUGUUCUUUUGUGACUGGGUUACCUCACUCAGGAUGAUAUUUUCUAGUUCCAUCCAUUUGCCUGUGAAUUUCAUGAAGUCAUUGUUUUUAAUAGCUGAGCAGUACUCCAUUGUGUAGAUGUACCACAUUUUCUGUGUCCAUUCCUCUGUUGAAGGGCAUCUGCAUUCUUUCCAGCUUCUGGCUAUUAUUAAUAAGGCUGCAGUGAACAUAGUGGACCAUGUGUCCUUGUUGUAUGUUGGAGCAUCUUUCGGGUCUAUGCCUUGGUUCCAGCCUGAAGCUUCUGGGAAUUUGGGGAUAUAUAUGUGAUGUAGGGUGGAGCUUUGGAGCCUUUGUUUAGCUUUCUGUUUUGCGGCUCUUCUGCUGUUCAGCUUUAUCAGUGCUGGCAUUUGAGAGAAGUCUGUUUGGUCUGGACUGUAACUUAGCCUGGUGGCUGCAGGCAAAAAGUUCUUAAGUUGUUUUCAUUUUGUGUUUUGGUGUCCUACCCUCAAGACAGGUAAGGAAUUCACUGCAAACUUAAGUUGCCUGUGAAGCUGCUGGGUGGUUCUAUCUAGUUAAUUGACUGGUAAUUGUCGAGGAAUGAAGGUGCGAAUUUUUCAAGAAAUACUUAAGCUGUGACAAGGUAUUUAGCUUUUCUGUAGGAUCAGGAUCAGAUACUGCCCCAUACUGGUUUUGUAGAAUAAAAUGAGACAGUUUAUCAAAACCUUACAUGUGCAAGUGCUGUCACAUGUGCUGUCAGCCUGGAAGGCCAUAGUGACAUCAGAGCUUUUUCAGAUCCAAAGUUAUGAGGUAUGGUCCCCCAGGACUGUGUGCUGGAAUUUAAUAUAAUUUAAGGCAAGCCUUUCUUGCUACUGGUACAGGAACCACUAGCUACACAAUUUCUUAAACCAGUGUACUAAUUACACUUGGUGGUCCUUCAUUUGUCCUACUUGGCAAGUUUUGGAUCUAAUGCCUGUCUAGAUUUAAUGGUAGCAUACUGUGCACUUUUUAAAGUAAUUCCCAGUUUCAAAGGUGGUGUCUUACCAACACUUCCUGUCUUCGUGCCAGUGAGUUUUUCCUUGGUACCAUCAUCUGGAGGCUAGAUAUUACCCAAAAGAAAAGUCUGGUGUUUGCUUCCCAUUGAGUCCUUUUAUUUCCUCAGAUGCCUGUAGCAUCAACAGCUUUCCCAGAAAUGAAAUAUAAGUAGCCCAUCUUAAUUUAGUAGGAAUUUCAUGCAAAAUUUCGAUUAUUUCCUUUAGAAAUAAUGUUUCUUAACUGAUUCCUUUUACUUCAUUGGUUCUGCCACUCCUAAAUAUUCACAGUAUUUCUCUUCCUAGUUAAUAGCCUCUAAUGUGCCUUUAUGUGUGGUCUGAGGAUACCUGAAAGUUAGAUUCCACAGGAUCUACUCCUGAGAACUGCUAUAGAACCAGUAUUUCUCAAACUUCUGUAACCUUUUACUGCAGCUUCUCAUGUUGUGAUGACCCCAUAAAAGUAUUUAAUUGCUACUUCAGAGCUCUAAUUUUGCUACUGGUAUGAAUCACAACGUACAUAUUUGAUAUGCAUGAUACCUGAUAUGCAAUCCCUAAAGGAGUUAUAAGAACUGAUGCUCCAGACCAUGUCAUGGCUACUGCUUACUUAGAUUGCACAGAUCAUCCAAAGGGUGGACAUUCUUGCUCCUCAUUGGAGAGCCUGAGGCUUAGACGUCAUGCGGCUUGUUUUAGACUACAUAGCUCCCAAGGGGCAGGAUCAAGGUUUGACCUACUUUACCCUCCAGAAACCCUGUUUUCUUGCCUCUUCCACUGUAUACCCUUCCUCAACAGUUUCUCAUCUUUCCUCUACUUACCUUUGCUCUGAUUACCUCCCAUUACCUAUUUCAUAUGUAGCAGGAGACCUCUGGCCUGACGGAGUGGUAUCUCAGCUGUGACUCACAUUUAUCAUCUAACACCCAAAGCAUCCUGUGAACCCCAAUGGAGCUGUCAAACUGAUCUGCUACAACUACCAUAGUUCUUUCACCAUUUUCUUUCUCUUCACACUCUCUUUAGUAUGUCUUGAUACCACGUGCUGAAUUUCGUCUCAUGAGUUACUGCUCCUAUGUCCACAAAUGGUCUCUUUUCCUCUCUGGAAAGUGAAGUGUCAGGGUCUUUUCUAGGUGGUUUCUCCUAUGCUUGAGCUUAUUAGAUAGAGAGAUGGGACAAGUAUAUGAAUGUAGGAAUAUCAAAGGAAUAGUUAAGCAUGCAAUUCUAACAUUGGGUUGGAGGCAGGAGGGUUACAAGUUUGAGGCCUGCCUGGUCUACAUGGGAAGAACCGCUGAAAGGGUAUAGGAGGAGGAGAAAGGCCUAAAGCCUAACCAGAACAGAGAAAUUUUCUGUGGCCAGAGUUGUGGCCCUCUGAAGCCAGCAUUUCCUUCACUCUCUUCUCUCUCUCAAAUUUAUGUUUUACUUCUAGUGUUAAUACUAAGAAUUAUAACAUAUAACAUACAUCUUUAACAUCUCAUUGUCUAUGUGGAGAUAAUCAGAGUUCAUGAAAAUGCACAGGCUGGUUUAUCACCUCAAUCCAGAAUGUAUUGGAUUCAUCUGCAUGUAUUAUGUAUACAUGACCCUGAGUGUGAGUGAGUGAGUGUGUGUGUGUGUGUGUGUGUGUGUGUGUGUGUGUGUGUGUGGGUAGGUGUCACUAGUCCCAUACUUUAUGAUGAGUGCUUUAUUCACUGAGCCAAUCACCACCAUCCUCACCCCCACCCCUCGUUGUUUCUUUUUUUUUUUUUUUUUUUUUUUGGGGGGUCUUUUUUUCGGAGCUGGGGACCAAACCCAGGGCCUUGCGCUUUCUAGGCAAGCACUCUACCACUGAGCUAAAUCCCCAACCCCCCCUCGUUGUUUCUUAAGAUACAUUUUUUUUUCUAGGUCAGGCAGUUUCCCAGCCAGCGUAGGAACUAGCCAUGAAAGCCUGGAGAUCUGAGUUCAAUCCUUAGAACUCAUGUAAAGGUAGAAGUAGUGGGCUAUCUUCACGGAAUUGGCCUUCAGAUAAGUUUCAUGGCACACAUGCACACACGUACACAUCAUGUGUUUACAUAUGAUACUAAAAAUCUUCUAAGUAUGUUUUUUCUGUUUUAUUUCUCUUGUUUCCUUUGUAGAUUCCAGUUACAAUCUACAAUAAACUUUGUUAUUGCAGUUGAUUUGCUUUGCUUACUCAUUGGUGGGGUUUGCUUCUGAAAUAAGGCCUCACUCGUUAACUAAGCUGUGCUAAAACUCACUAUAAGGUCCUGAGCUCAAAGACAUCCUCCUGCCUGCUUUAGCCUCCCAACUGCUGCGAUUAUAGGCCUGGCUCACCACAGAUGGCUAACACCUUUGGUAGCAUCCUCAGCUAUAGCCCCAGCAACUCUCCUGCUGUGAGUAGUUUCUUCUCACUUCCUCUCCUCUGUUCCUUUUUCAGUUUGUAAUUUCUUCAAGUUCCCUAACUCUUGUCAUUUACAUCCUACCAAUUAUUGAGAUUUUUAUUUCAGACAUCUUCCAGGGUGGAAUUACCACUUGACUUUCUAUUUAUAUUUUCUAUUGUUUUAAAAUUCUAAACAAUUUUUCUCUUAUAUCCUCGAGCAUCUUGGAAAUCAUUAUCUACUAAUUCCAACAUCUGAGUUCUUUUUAGCAUCCACUUCCUUCGGGUUUUUUUUUUUGUUUUGUUUUAUUUUGUUUUGUUUUGGUGGGGGGGGGGUUCUCCUUAAAAUGAGUCACAAGGAUACCUUUCAGAAGACCCAAGUUCAAUUCUCAGCACCGACAUGGAGCCACACAACCAUCUGUAACUAAUUCCAACUAAUCUGACAUACCCUUCUAGCCUCCACAGGCACCAGGCACACACAUGGUAAGCAGACAUAUAUGCAGACAAAAUACCCAUACAUAUAAAAUAAUAAAAUAAUCUUAAUUAGAAAACCAAUCUUGAGGUGGUUACUAUAGCAAUCGACCAGCAGAGCCUGUUUCCCUUUGUUUAAGUUACAUCAUCAGGGAAGAGACAGUUGCCAGGUUCCAGCACCACUGGAGCAAUCUGUCUGCCCUCACAAGCCCAGCUCAAGCUAUAGACUUGUUUCCUUCAAGGACACCCCCAGUUUGUGGAAAGGUCAAGUCCAUUCCUUUGUGGUGAGGCAAUGUUUAGUAACUGUAAGAGAUCAUGUUUCAGAACUGGUGUUCCCGUGAACUUGCCAGAGCAAGUCCUUUCUCUAGCCUUUUUCUUUGGAUUUACUGCUGCUUUCUCUGGGUAUUUUCCAGACUGACUUAAAUAACUACAGACGCAGACUGAGUUUGUAUCCAAAGCAAAUGUUGGGAUGCCAACCCUUUAUUUUGGUGACUAGAGUUUAAUCCCUUUUUUUUUAAUUGCCCUAUAUCAAAGUUUUUUUUAAUCUUUAAAAAUAAAUAUUUUAUAAUUUCAAAGAGAAGAGUUUGUAUCACAGUAAGCCAUAGUAACCCAUAGAAUAGAUACUACAGAGAUGACAUGGGGGCAGAGGUGGCAUAUGUGAGGCCGGGGUUCUAGCCCCAGCAUUUCGAUAUAGGGGAAAGGGAAGUGUAGAAGGUCCAUCUUUCCUGAUGGCUUAAGGCAGGCGGAUUUGCUUGCAUGCUCACCUUUUUCUAAACUCUUCUGUCUCUCCAUCAUGGUGCUCUUCUCGCUUGAGAAUGGUGGAACAGCUAGCUGGGGAGAAUUAGCUCUCACUAUUGCCUUUUCCUUUGGAGUAGCCAAGGACUUUGAACCCCAGACUCCCCAAGACUGAGUAGCCUUAAGCAUUUAUGAAACAUCCUUGGCUGAUGACUUGGCAUUUUGUCCUGGAAACAAGGGCCCAGCAACUACUUCAUUGUUGAACUACCUGUGAAUUACCAAUGUGGUUGUGAGGCCAAAAAAGAAGUCAGAGCAGUUAUCAUAGUCUCCAUGGUUUUGACAGUGAGUUGACCUCUUUGGUGACUUUUUUCUUCUCAAGUGAAGAAAAUAAGAAAUAGAUUUAAUAUUAAAUAAAAUUCUCCCCUUUCAGAACUCUUUUCCUAGCUGUGGUCCACAAAUAAGCAUCCAUAAUUAUCUAAAUGACGUUUCAGCCAUUUUGUUUUGUUUUGUUUUGUUCUAUCCAUUUUCGAAUUAACAACUUGUAAGCCUCCAUCCAUCAUUGCCCAUGUACAUUAGGCAGCUAAAAGCUUUUCAGUGGAAUGUAUCACUAUUAAAAAUAUUGUGAGUUUGGGAAAAUAUGCAGCAGUCUGACCUCCAUCACCCUACACGUCCUCUGUUGCUGCUUUGACUCUCAGCAGCUGCAGAAAGUGACUCUGGGGGCCCCAUAUGUGGGCUAGCCACCCAGUGUCAAACAGACCUUUAGGGUUUAUUUAUAUUCCUGGUUUCUCUGAGCAACAAGUUAUAGAUUCUCAAGAGCACUUGACAUUCUAUAUCUGGUAUGAGAAUGAAUGUUGAAAUGGAAAGAAUAGCUUCUCAGUUAUCUUUGCACUUUUUGAGAUGAAAGUCUGGCCUGCUUGAUUACUCACUGGAGCCUUAUCAGUGUGCAAAUACUCUUUUAUUGGUCAGAGGGACUUGAUCCACUCCUGAACAAUGCAGGAAGCUUACACUAUACGCUUACGCACUGAAAGGAAGAUUCGGGCAGUAAUUUCAGGGUGAUCAGAGAAAGGGAGUUUAACUGUGGACAGAAGAGGCUAGCCUGCUGGAGCCUGAGAACAUCUAUAAUAAGGGAACCUCAGAGGUCUCAGCAGUUGGGUGGGCAGUAGAUCAGGUAACCCAUUUCAUAGAGCAUGUAAAAUAUAGGCCAUGGGAACUUUCCAUUGCUUGAAAAAACGGUCCUACUUAGCCUUCUUUCAUCUACCUAUAUUUUAGUUUGGUUUAAGAAAUAGAAGAAAGGACUUUACUUUUUGGUGGUUGUUUUUUUUUUUUUGUUUUGUUUUUUUUUUCUUAACCUUGAUUUUUGUCAGGCAUUUCAGGUUUUUGCUUUUGUUUUAAUUUUUAAAGUGUCAGGAUCUGCUAUCUGAUGUUGGUGAUAGAGAACAGAGCUCUGGAGAUCUUACCAGAAUGUGCUUCUCCCCAGUUUCAAACUGGGCCUCCUCCAAGAAAGUAACCCACCAGCUAUUGAUGACUAACCAGCUGUGAUCCCGGGCUAGUGCCCCCCUUGUCCAGAAAAUGGCCUUUUCUACCCAGGUCCCUAUGCUCAUACACCCUUACCCUUGGGGUUGCAAUGUAUCUGUGAUCUGGGAACCUAGGUUGAACUGCUUAUGUUCCCACUAGGGAACUGUGUGGCUCUUGCUAAGAUCAUGGGUGUUCUGUAUUGGGCAGUUCAUUCAAAGGCACGUGUGGCUGUGUAGCAGGCCUGUGAACGUUGAUUGCAGACUUAGAGAUAGGAGUAUAAGUGAAUUUGCCAAGACAAGGCUGCCCUUUUAUACUUCACGCUGUAGUUUGAUUUUGUGUGUAGGUAGCCAUUGGCAUUUCUUCUCAUCAAGAGACAUUUCUUGAUGAGAAGCUGCCAUAGUUUUAUACACUUUAAAAGCUUCUUGGGAUUCAGUGCUCUCUGUGCUUAGGAUUGAAUCAGGACCUUGCGCAUUUGUAGGCAAGUGCUCUUCCACCAAGCCCCAUCCUGUGCUGCUGAGAAAAUUUUAAAUUUCAAGGUAAUUUGAUAUAUAUGAGUUUGUUCUACUGCUCUUCCUAACUGAUACAAAAGGAAACUAAUCUUCCUCGGAGGAAGGAUGGACCUCAUGACUAGAACAUUUUUUUAAAGAGGCAGUGGGUCUUUUCUUUGAGGAGAACAUUCCAUUUUCCUUUAAGGAGAAAACAUUCCUUAGUAUCUACAGUGACCGCUUGCUGACUCAAGGCCAGCUAUGGAAUCAAUUUUGUCUGUCUGUUCCUGAUUCAGGAGGUGACUGAGAAGAGCAGGCUCCAGCCCCUAGCCGGCAGGAAUGUCUUUUUAAACAGUCAGGCAGAUUCCCAGAUUAGAAGGAGUCUGUGCAGCUGAUGUCACUGUUUCCUGAGUAAUUCUGGGUGGUUAUUUACUCCAUCUGGCUGCCAAGGGCCAGAAUCUGUGAAUGAGCCUCAUUAUUAGAACUCCAGGUUGCAGGCGUGGAGGGAAGAACCAACUGCUGCCACAGUUAAGACGAAGAUUUCAGAGACCUGCUACUUACCAAGCCCCAAGGAGGCGGUAGGGAAUAGGGGGGCUGGCCACGUUCCCUGGGCUGCAUUCUGAGGCGUUUACAGGAUGGCACACAGCCAGGACUGAGACGCCGCCCGCAUUGCCACGGAGGCCGCUGUGCAGCCUGGUGGUGCACAAUCCUGGAGGAAGAGAAGGUGCAGCAAGAAGAACGGAUGAGGAUGGAAUCCAGAAGACAGGCAACAGUGUCCUGGGACUCUGGAGGGUCUGAUGAAGCACCACCCAAGCCCAGCAGACCUGGUUAUCCUAGCCCGAGGUCCAGUGAAGGAUUUUAUCCCAGCCCACAGCACAUGGUCCAGACCAAUCACUAUCAGAUCUCUGGCUACCCAGGUUCCCAUGGAAUCCCAGCCAUGGCUGGCAGCAUUUACCCAGGUCAGGCAUCUCUUCUGGACCAGACAGAAUUGUGGAAUCACAGACCUCAGGAGAUGUCCAUGUGGCAGCCCAGUGUGGAGGACUCAGCAGCUUUAGAUCUUCGAGGGAUGGGACAGGUGCUUCCUCCUCACCUGAUGGAAGAGCGGCUAAUCCGACAGCAGCAGGAAAUGGAGGAAGACCAGCGCUGGCUGGAAAAGGAAGAGCGAUUCCUGAAACCUGAUGUGAGGCUCUCUCGAGGCAGCAUCGACAGGGAGGACGGGAGUUUUCAGGGUCCGACUGGAAACCAACACAUCUAUCAGCCUGUGGGAAAACCAGAUCCUGCAGCUCCACCAAAGAAACCACCUCGCCCUGGAGCACCUGGCCACCUAAGCAACUUGUCCAGCAUCAGCAGCCCUGCAGAAAGCUACAAUGAGGGUGUCAAGCUUCAGCCCCAGGAAAUCAGCCCCCCUCCCACUGCCAACCUUGACCGAUCCAAUGACAAGGUAUAUGAAAAUGUGACGGGCCUAGUGAAGGCUGUCAUUGAGAUGUCCAGCAAAAUCCAACCAGCUCCUCCAGAAGAGUACGUCCCUAUGGUGAAGGAAGUUGGCCUGGCCCUGCGGACCUUACUGGCCACUGUGGAUGAGACCAUUCCCAUCCUUCCAGCCAGCACCCAUCGAGAGAUCGAGAUGGCACAGAAGCUGCUGAACUCCGACUUGGGUGAGCUCAUCAGCAAGAUGAAGCUGGCGCAGCAGUAUGUCAUGACCAGCCUUCAGCAGGAGUACAAGAAGCAGAUGCUGACAGCUGCUCACGCCCUGGCUGUGGAUGCCAAGAAUCUACUUGAUGUUAUUGAUCAAGCGAGACUGAAAAUGCUAGGGCAGACACGGCCACACUGAGCCACUGGCCAUUGAACAUGGCUUUCUGCCCUUUGGGAGAUCUUCUCUAGCAUUCCACCAGCAGCGAGGAAGUAACCUUGUCCUCGGUCGCCCGCACUCACAGCUCCAACUGAUGACAGCUAGCUGAAAGUCUCUCUUGUAUAAGUUUAACUACUUAUACAUGGUUUUGAUUCUGUUAUUUUUCUAAAUAGUGUUCAGAAAACUCUGGAUCCAAAAUGUGGCAUUUUUCUGAGAAUGAAGAUUGUACAUUAAGAAGCUUUUAAAAUAUACUUGGUGUUCAAAUUGGGAUGUAUGUUCCUAGAAGUGGUAAUUCAUACUGACCAUGACUUCGAAUUGGAAGAGAAGUGUCUGAGGAGGGAGGGCUCCCAAGACACUGAGACUGGCUAUCCUUCCUGCCAGAAUUCCUGUCCAGACUGAAUUGCAAUAUGCUAAUCUCAUUUAUAGAGAAAGUGCAUAAAAGCUAUAUUUUGAAGAAUGAGUGGUUUCAAAAGAAAACUUCUGCCCUCCCUGUCUUCACCUUCUUUCCUGUGGAUCCUGAAGCAUUGGGUUGCAAACUAUCUCUAGAACUGACAAAAACUUGUCUUUCCUCCUCAGAAUUCUGUGCCAGUUUUGUACCAGAGCACUCCCAACUGCAUCAAGAAGUUCCAGGACCAUCCCUGUUCUCCAUUUUUAUAUAAUUUAUAAGAAUGAUUAAAGCCAUGUUGACUCUUACA